AUGCCAAGAGGAGGAGGAAGAAGCUCAGGAGGAGGAAGAUCAAGCAGCAGUGGAGGAUCCAGAGGAGGAUUCUUCGGAGGUGGAAGCCCAUCAAGAGGAGCAACUACAGCUCCAAGACCAGCACCACCCCAAGCUAGACCACCAGUCAUGUAAUAGUAAGCUCCAGCAGCAGGUGGUGGAAUGAUGUCCGGAAUCGGAGGUAUGGUAGUCACAGGUAUGGCUCUCGGUGCUGGUUCUGAGAUCGGUCACUAGGCCGUGAGAGGACUUAUGGGAUCUGGCUCUGGCAGCCACGGCUCAGGAUCCAAUGAGAACACAAGUCAACAACAAUAUCAAGAACCCCAACAGCAAGUUGCUUAUGGUCAAUAAGAUUAAAUGGUUCAACAACAGCAAUAAAACCCAUGCAUGUCCUUCAACAUGAAUUUCCUUACAUGCUUGAAGAGUUCCAGCAAUGAAAUCAGUCUUUGCCAAUUCCAAAUGGACCAACUCAUGCAAUGCGAGAAGGACAACAUGAGAUUCCACGGAGUAUGA